AUGGAGUCCUUGCCUUUCCCCCGGCGCCUCGGCCCUGCGCCCUCGGCCACUGCCGCGCUGGCCGCCGAGCUGGUCCGGCCCCUGGCCGACGGGCUUCUCAAGUCGCCCAAGCCCCUGAUGAAGAAGCAGGCGGUGAAGCGGCACCACCACAAGCACAACCUGCGACAUCGCUACGAGUUCCUGGAGACUCUGGGCAAGGGGACUUACGGGAAGGUGAAGAAGGCGCGGGAGAGCUCCGGGCGCCUGGUGGCCAUCAAGUCUAUCCGGAAAGACAAAAUCAAAGAUGAACAAGAUCUGAUGCACAUUCGGCGAGAGAUUGAGAUCAUGUCAUCACUCAACCACCCCCACAUCAUUGCCAUCCACGAAGUGUUUGAGAACAGCAGUAGGAUCGUGAUCGUCAUGGAGUACGCCAGCCGAGGGGACCUGUAUGACCACAUCAGCGAGCGGCAGCGGCUCAGCGAGCGCGAGGCCAGGCACUUCUUCCGGCAGAUCGUCUCCGCUGUGCAGUAUUGCCAUCAGAACGGGGUUGUCCACCGGGAUCUCAAGCUGGAGAAUAUCCUCUUGGAUGCCAACGGAAAUAUCAAGAUCGCCGACUUUGGCCUCUCCAACCUCUACCACCAGGGCAAGUUCCUGCAGACAUUCUGCGGGAGCCCGCUCUACGCCUCGCCCGAGAUCGUCAAUGGAAAGCCCUACACGGGACCAGAGGUGGACAGCUGGUCCCUGGGCGUUCUCCUCUACAUCCUGGUGCAUGGCUCCAUGCCCUUUGACGGGCAGGACCACAAGACGCUGGUGAAACAGAUCAGCAACGGGGCCUACCGGCAGCCUCCUAAACCCUCUGAUGCCUGUGGCCUGAUCCGGUGGCUGUUGAUGGUAAACCCUACCCGCCGGGCCACCCUGGAGGACGUGGCCAGCCACUGGUGGGUCAACUGGGGCUAUGCCACCCGUGUUGGGGAGCAGGGAGCCCCACACGAGGGCGGGCACCCUGGCAGUGACCCUGGCCGGGCCUCCGUGGCUCAGUGGCUGCGACGCUCCUCCCGCCCCCUCCUGGAGAACGGCGCCAAGGUCUGCAGCUUCUUGAAGCAGCAGGCGCCGGGUGGCAGGGGCCUCGCCCCUGGCCUGGAGCGCCAGCACUCACUCAAGAAGUCCCGCAAGGAGAACGCCAUGGCCCAGACCCUCCAGGGGGCCCCGGCUGCCGACACCUCCCCUCGCCCUGGGAAGGGUGGCCUCAAGCUGCCGAAAGGCAUUCUCAAGAAGAAGACGUCGAAUCCCACAGAGGGGCCGAGGGAGGACCCUGAGCCUGGCCCGAGCCCCGCCAACCCAGGCCAGGCUGGCCCGCUGCUCCCAAAGAAGGGCAUCCUCAAGAAGGCGCGCCAGCGGGAGUCCGGUUACUACUCGUCCCCUGAGCCCAGUGAGUCUGGGGAGCUCUUGGAUGCCGGGGACGUGUUUGUGAGUGGGGAUACCGUGGAGCCCAAGCCCCCGCCAGCCUCGGAGCGGCUGCCGCACCGCAAGGGCAUCCUCAAACACAACGGCAAGUUCUCGCAUGCGGCCCUGGAGCACACAGCCCCCGCCACCUUCGGCUCUUUGGAUGAACUGACCUCCCCACACCCUUCAGCCCGGGCCAUCCGCCCCUCGGGGGCUGUGAGUGAGGAUAGCAUCCUGUCCUCUGAGUCCUUUGACCAGCUGGACUUGCCCGAACGGCUCCCCGAGCCCCCACUGCGGGGCUGUGUGUCUGUGGACGACCUCAUGGGGCUGGAGGCACCCCCCUCGGAGGGCCCUGGAAGCCGAGGCCUGAGGCGCUGGAGGCAGGACCCCCUGGGGACUAGCUGCUUUUCCCUGUUGGACUGCCCGGAGGGGACAGAGGGCUGCCAGCAGGGGCUGAGGGUCUGCUCGGAGCUCAGCUGA